AUGCCUUCUGGAUCAAACAUGAAUGACUUGCUGAAGGUGCCCCUGGUGCACGUCCUCACCCUGGCAGCCCUCAGCUUGGCUGAGACACUCCUGAAAGCUCCCUUAAUCACCACUCCUUUGGAAACAGUGGAUGCCCUGGUAGAGGACGUGGCCAAGUUUGUCUGUGUAGUGGAGUCGUACCCUGAGCCGGAGAUUACGUGGACACGCAACAGCAUUCCCAUCAGGCUGUUCGACACGCGGUACAGCAUACAGAGGAACGGGCAGCUCCUGACCAUUCUGAGCGUUGAGGACAGUGAUGAUGGGGUGUACUGCUGCACAGCAGAUAACGGGGUUGGAGCAGCUGCACAGAGCUGUGGGGCUCUCCAGGUGAAAAUGCGACCCAAAAUAACCCGACCACCUGUAAAUGUGGAAAUAAUAGAAGGCUUAAAGGCUGUUCUUCCAUGCACUACAAUGGGGAAUCCAAAACCUUCUGUUUCAUGGGUCAAAGGAGAAACAGUUGUAAAGGAGACUGCUCGCAUUGCUGUCCUCGAUUCAGGGAAUUUAAGGAUACACAAUGUUCAGAGAGAAGAUGCAGGACAGUAUCGCUGUGUAGCCAAGAACAGUCUGGGCACAGCCUAUUCGAAACCCGCAACUGUUGUAGUGGAAGUGUUUGCCAGAAUCUUGAAGGCUCCCGAAUCCCAAAAUAUCACCUUUGGUUCUGUGGUGACCUUGCGGUGCACAGUGGCCGGUCUUCCAGUCCCUACUGUCACCUGGCUGGAAAAUGGGAAAGCUGUUUCUGCAGGGUCUAUAAUGGAAAGUGUCAAGGACAGAGUGGUUGAUUCCAGACUGCAGGUGUACGUCACCCGACCUGGCCUGUUCACUUGCCUUGCCACGAACAAACACAGCAAAACUUUUGGAGCUGCAAAAGCAGCAGCAACCAUCAGCAUUUCAGAGUGGAGCAAGCUGUACAAGGGUGAUGCAGGUUACUGCAGCACUUACAGAGGUGAGGUGUGCAGUGCUAUCUUGGCGAAGAAUGCUCUUGUUUUCUUCAACUCCUCCUAUGCUGACCCAGAGGAGACCCAAGAGCUGCUUGUGCACACUGCCUGGACUGAACUGAAAAUGGUGAGUUCAUUCUGCCAACCGGCUGCUGAGUCUCUGCUGUGUAACUACAUCUUCCAGGAGUGCAAUCCCUCCGGAGCUGGGCCAGCUCCAAAACCAGUGUGCAGAGAGAAUUGCCUUGCUGUAAAGGAUCUCUACUGCUUUAAGGAAUGGCUCUCAAUGGAGGAAAACUCUCAGAAGGGGAUUUACAAGCCAGGGCUGAUGUUGCUCACUCUUCCUGAAUGCAACAGACUGCCCAGCCUGCAUGAGGACCCCAGCUCCUGCACCCACAUCCCUUUCUUUGAUUUUAAGAAGGAGAAUAUAACCAGGACUUGCUACAGUGGCAAUGGCCAGUUUUACCAGGGCUGGGCCAACAUCACGGCCUCUGGCAUUCCCUGCCAGAAGUGGAGUGACCAGGCUCCCCACUUGCACAGGAGGACUCCUCAGGUUUUUCCUGAGCUGUCUGAUGCUGAGAAUUACUGUCGCAACCCAGGAGGUGAGAAUGAACGUCCCUGGUGCUACACAAGAGACCCAGCCGUGACCUGGGAAUACUGCAGCGUGCCUCCCUGUGGAGAUGCAUUGUUGUCACUAGGAACAAGAAAACCAAAUGGAGAGACUCUAAAUCUCCCCCCUUCUCCUCCCUUUUCCCCUACGUACUCCAUGACUGUCAUCAUCUCGAUUAUCUCCAGCUUUGCUCUGGUUGUGAUCUUCGGCAUUGUCACCCUGGUUUGCUGCCGUCACCGAAAGCAGUGGAAAUCCAAAAAAAGAGAGUCUGAGACACCAACGCUCACCACUCUGCCCUCUGAACUACUUCUGGACCGGCUGCACCCCAACCCAAUGUACCAGCGCAUGCCCCUUCUCCUCAAUCCAAAAUUGCUUAGCCUGGAGUAUCCCAGGAACAAUAUAGAAUAUGUGAGAGAUAUCGGGGAAGGAGCAUUUGGGAGAGUCUUCCAAGCCAGGGCCCCAGGGUUGCUGCCCUAUGAGCCUUUCACAAUGGUGGCAGUAAAAAUGCUGAAGGAGGAAGCAUCUGCAGACAUGCAGGCCGACUUUCAGAGGGAAGCAGCUCUCAUGGCAGAGUUUGACAAUCCAAAUAUUGUCAAGCUUUUAGGUGUGUGUGCUGUUGGGAAACCGAUGUGCCUGCUGUUCGAGUACAUGGCCUAUGGGGAUCUAAAUGAGUACCUGCGUGACCGCUCGCCCCGCAACCUCUGCAGCCUGGUACACAGCAGUCUGGACACAAGGAUUCGCCUCCCUAACCCCUUGGCACUGUGCUGCACCAGCCAGCUCUGCAUUGCCAAGCAGGUUGCUGCUGGCAUGGCAUACCUCUCUGAGCGCAAAUUUGUGCACCGAGAUUUGGCCACCAGGAACUGUCUGGUGGGGGAGAACAUGGUGGUCAAAAUUGCUGAUUUUGGUCUUUCAAGGAACAUGUAUUCAGCUGACUAUUACAAAGCAAACGAGAAUGACGCCAUCCCCAUCCGCUGGAUGCCCCCCGAGUCCAUUUUCUACAACCGCUACACCACAGAGUCUGAUGUGUGGGCCUAUGGAGUGGUGCUGUGGGAGAUCUUCUCCUAUGGCAUGCAGCCCUACUAUGGGAUGGCCCAUGAAGAGGUCAUCUACUACGUGAGGGAUGGGAAUGUCCUCUCCUGCCCAGACAAUUGUCCCCUGGAGCUCUACAACCUGAUGCGUCUCUGCUGGAGCAAGCUGCCUGCCGACCGGCCGAGCUUUGCUAGCAUCCACCGCAUCUUGGAGCGCAUGUACGAGAGGGCUGUGGCCAACAUGUCGGUCUGAGGGGUGUGUUUGCUUGCACUUUCUUCCUUGUCUCCUGUGUCAAACUAUCCAGAGUGACUUGGACCAGCCCAUGAGCUCCUGAGUGAUGGUGGCUUCACACAAAUCCCACUUCAGGGGAAAAGAAACAGCUCGUUCCUCUACCAAGCAAGAGGUGAACUGCUUCCCCUUAGGCACCUCCCUGGGUGGGACUGUCCAAAACAACAGGGCUGACCUCUGGCCACCAAGCCAAGACUCCUUACGUUGGUGAAGGUGUACCUAUAUUAAGCAUUUCCAGGAGCACAGAGU